AUGUCAGAAGUCCACACCACAUCAUCACAAAAUGACCUUGGUACAGAAGAGAGCCAGGAAGACUCUGACUUAAGAUAUGCUGAGGUGAAACUAGAGAGAAAGACUAACUUUGAAGAACAAGAAAGUAAACAACAUUUUCAGGAACCAGUUACAGAGUUAAACUUAGAGGAAUCAACAAUUCAGACAGACUCAAACGAAACACUGGGAUUUCAGGAAUGGUCUGAUGGCUCAAGCUACAGAGGAAAUGUCUCUAUGAAUUUGAAGCUCGGCUCUGGACAGUUCAAAUGGGUGAAUGGAGAGAGCUAUAGUGGAGAAUUUUAUAAUGAUCACCACCAUGGCAAAGGAAUUUACACGUGGCCAGAUGGAUCCAAGUUUCUUGGCUCUUUUUAUCUCAGCAGAAGAGAAGGCUUUGGGACCAUGAUGUUUAAUGAUAACAGAACAUUUCAGGGCCUAUACAAGUCAGAUGUUCGCUAUGGGCCUGGCAUUGAGACAAAUAACGAUGGCUCUCAGGAUGUUGGGAUUUGGCUAAGGAAUCACCUCAUUAAAUUAUGUACUUCUGUUCGUUGCUCGUUCUCUAUUUCUAGCUACCCAGAGUUUUAUCAGCAAUCAAAUGAGACAUUAUGUAAAAAUAAAGAUUUACAUGGGCAAGCUUCAGAGAAGGGACAAAGGGAAGACCCUUUUUUAUAUAGUUACAAAAUUCUGCUCCAAGAGGACAGCUACACUCUGCCUGAAAAGAUCUACUUCUACUCAUCAGACAUAGACCAUUUACCUAUUACUCCAUCUGCACGUACAGAAAUUGAUACACAUUUCUAUAAAGAUAUUGACCAGCCAGGGCACCUAGGGGACCUUGUUUCUUGUGAGAUGCAGGACACUGAUGAGAUGAAGGGAAUUCAUCUUCAUGUUUACAAGCAUAGGAACAGUCAGGAGUAUUUGGAGUGGAGUAUCGGUUCCAUAAUGAGUGCUGUUCGACAGAAGUUCGGUCCACGAGGCUCCCGUGAGCAAUUUGCUGAAAAGUUUAUUGAAAUGGCUGGACUGGGGGAUUAUGAAACAGUUUUCAUGAUUCUGAGGCAUGAUCUGGCACACGUAGAUGUGUCUGAUAGUUGUGCACAUACUGCCCUACAUAGUGCAACUGUUAACAGUCAUGACAAUAUCAUUAACCUUCUUCUGGACAAUGGAGCAGACAUUAAUAAGAGAAAUGAUGAGGGGAUUUCAGCUUUAUCCAUGUGUUUCAUUCUUUUGUACGGCACACAGUCAUUCAGGCCAAAUGUUGCAGAGAGAAACUUAAAUCUUUGUAAGGGGGGGAGUGGAGAUGUUGCACUCCACAGUAAAGAGUAUCUGAAUGAUGCUUUUGCAAAAGACGAUGGUCCUUUCAAUGGCUUGGGUGAGGACAUGAACAGGAGUAUUACCCUAUCUGAUCAUUGUCAUUCAGACCAUCGACCUAAUACCAAAGUACCAGAAAACGUAUUAUGUCAGACAUCAACAAUAUACAACAGUCAAGAAAAGCUAGGAACUGGAUCCGACAGAACCCCUCCUGUAUCUGAACCAAAGGACACAGAAAGAAGAGCCACCUUGAACUUGCUUCUCUACCGAGGCGCUGACCCCAAUAUGUGCAGCAUACCGAUGUAUGCCUUGUUCUUUGCAGUAAAAGCUGCUGACAUUACCACUGUACGGUUACUGCUGGAGAGAGGGGCCCACACUGAUGUCCGACUUGCCACAGAGCAUGGUGCACUGACGCCUCUUCAUAUUGCUGCUGCAAUUCCAGGAAUUGAGGGGGUCAAAAUAACAGAACUUCUGCUACAUGCAGCGGCAGAUCCUAACAUCAGAGUGGAAAAUGAUGAUUACAUAUUUGAACAUGACAAGGUCACUUUGUUUGGAGUUGUGUUUGUUUAA